CACGUCUUUGACUCCGACCACAGACAAACACCAGCAUGAGUGCCCUCGAAUAGUGUGCGUCGAGAUUUACUUCAUUCUCCCACUCGGAUCUUACGAGCGUCUAUCGACAUCAUGGAUCCACGCUGUGAAGAGAUGUCCCAUCCCAACUACGCCAACUUCGGCCUCAGUCUCUUACUCCUCGUGGGCAUCGUGGUCUCCUAUCUCCCACAACACAUUCGCAUCAUCCGCCUCCGCAGCAGCUACGGCCUGUCACCCUACUUCGUCCUCCUAGGCACGACGAGCGGCACCUGCGCCUUCGCGAAUAUCCUGGUGCUACCGAGAUCCCGCGGCGACAUUGCAUGCUGCCGGGAGCUCGAUUCAUUCCCCUGCGUAGCCGGAGUGCUGGGCGUAGCGCAGGUGGGCGUUCAGUGGUGUUGUUUUACUAUCAUUCUUCUUCUAUUCCUCAUCUUCUUCCCGCGCACUUCCAAUCCUCUCAACGACGACCAAGACGAUCCUCCAAAGGAUGAGCUCGCACCAUCGUACCAAACUGCACUGGGCGUAACCGCCAUCUCGGUCCUGCACGCCGUGAUUGUCGCCAUAUUGAGCUUCUGGUUUGUCUAUGCUCGGCCACAGCAUGCACAAGGCUGGGCCAACUUCCUCGGGAUCUUCUCGACCGUUCUUGCAUCGAUCCAAUAUUUCCCUCAAAUAUAUACCACGUUUAUGCUCAAGAGAGUCGGGAGUCUCAGCAUUCCAAUGAUGUGCAUACAAACUCCGGGCAGCUUCGUCUGGGCAGGCAGUCUGGCGUUCAGACUCGGCAGCGAAGGUUGGAGCGCUUGGGGUGUCUAUCUGGUGACAGGGUGCUUGCAGGGCAUAUUGCUCGCGAUGGGAAGCUAUUUCGAGAUCAUGCAUCACAGGCGCGAGAAGAAAGAGCUGCAGUCGAGAAUGGCGCAGGCCACUCGCGACAGGGUUGUGACAGAACAGACGCCUCUCCUCAGGGCUGAAGAUUGAAAUACAUAUACAGUCGUUUUCUCAAACACCAUCCCAUAUGUCACGACGUGUCAAUUAACAAAGCGUCUCAUGUCAAAUAUGGAAUCGGCGUCCUCGAAGGCGAUGGCUCCUCAGGUGCAUGCCUUUUCCCAUCUGCGAGGGCGGUCAUCUCCUCCAGCUCCUUAUCCGUGGUCCCAUCAAGAGCGGGCUGGCCGUUCUCCGAUGUAUAACGUGCAUCGGAUAAGCUGAUACCAUACUUGAAGAAAUCAAAAUGUUCC